AUGGUUCGCGUAGUCGUUAAGAAGGGCGAUCAGGCACAAUUCCUCAUAGAGGUCCCUGCAUCCACAGAUGUCAAGGCACUUAUCGAAAAUGUCUGUGAAAUAUAUAAUUACCGAUUAAAAGUAUUUCGCAUAGCAGAUCAACUUUCAGAGUUAGCUGAGCAUGGGGUAUCGCUUCCUCCAAAUAUGCAAGGGCUGACUGAUGAUCAAGUAGAAGAACUGAGAUUAGUUGAUGAAUGGGGUCAGAAAUGCAUUCCGAGCGGUGGGUUUGUGGAAAAUAAGGAUACACUUGGUCGAAGAAACGGAAAAGCCCCUACGGAGAAAAUGGCAGACAUUCUCACUAAAACCAUUGCUUCAGCAAAGUCCCUUAUAUCAAAGGAAUUCGUUGAACAAGGUAAAGCACUCACAAGAGAACUUGUCAAUGAGGCAUUUAUGAUGCUCAGUGGUGCUGUAACCAUAGUUUACCCCAUGGGUCUUCCACCCUACGAUCCGAUUCAAAUGGAACUGAAAAAUGAGGAAGACUUGUCUGGUACCCACGCUGGAACCGAGGUGAUUCCAGUCGAGGAUGCAGCACUCUGGUUUUCCGGAAAGGAGAUGUUACCGGGAAAAUUGCUCUCUGACUAUAUUGGGAAAAAUGAGAAGACGAAGAUCAUUGUAAAGAUUCAAAAACGCGGCGCUGGUGCACCCGCACGUGAAGCGGUGAUUAGUGAAGCCGACCAGCGAGCACUGAUGGCAUUUUAUUAUCGGAGGCAGGAGGAGCUGAAGAAAUUGGAGGAGAACGAUGACGAUUCUUACCUCAAUUCCGCAUGGUCGGAGCCUGGGCAGUUGAAACGGCAGUUCCAUGGUCUGGGUGAUAUUAAGUGGGGGCCAAGAUAA